CUUUUUUUGAAUUGCGUGUUAAUUUUGGGAACAAUUCCUCAUGGAGAAUGCAGUCAAUGAACUAAUUAACUUGCCUGUUGCAGCUUUCAACGCGGAGAGAGGAUCGCACUGAGGCUGAAGGUUUCUUCAGUGUACAACUCCUCUGCCUACUGUGAUAUCCAAGUCAAGAGGGGAGAGAAAUCCGCUUUUUCUUCGCAUCUGCCUUUUUCCUCCACUAUCAGACUUUUUGUUUGAAAACUGCCGAUCUAUGUCAGCCUCCUGAAAGCACCCCAGGUAUCGUGCAUGAAAGCGCCGCAAUCAAAGAAGAGCGGACCAGCUCGGAAUCUCUGGGGCUAAAAGAGAACUCUUCAGAAAUCCUAAAACAAGCAUGCCGCGGAGGAAACAGCAAGCACCCAGGCGCGCAGCAGCCUAUGUUCCUGAUGAGCUGAGGGAGGCUGCUCUGUUGGACGAGGAUGUGGAAGCAGAUGACUCAGCUGCUGAGGAGGAACCCCCAGUUAAGUACAUGUGUUCAGAGAAGGACUUCCUCAUCAAAGACGGCCAGGGCUACCAGGGGUCCCCGGCAGCCGAGUUCUCCAGCCAUGAGAUGGACAGUGAAUCGCACCUCAGCGAGUCCAGUGACCGCAUGUCCGAUUUUGAGAGCGCUUCUGUGAAAAAUGAGGAGGAAAUGGCCAAAGAGCCCUUGACCACAGCCACGCCCAGUGAGGAUGCUCCACAGGGUCCAGACAGCUUGGAGCAGAUGAAGGCCAUCUAUACCAGCUUCCUGACCAACUCCUACUGGUCAUCCCUUAGCCUGAAUCUCACCCAGCCUGCCACAGAGAAGCCACAGCGGAGCAGCAGCAGUAGUAGUAGCAGCAGCAGCAGCAGCUGUGGCAGCGGCAGCUAUGACUGGCACCAGUCCGCAGUGGCGAAGACCCUGCAGCAGGUGUCUCAGAGUCGGCUUCACCCUGAGCCCAGUCUCUUCAGCACCGUGCAGCUCUAUCGCCAGAGCACCAAACUAUACGGCUCUAUCUUCAGUGGUGCCAGCAAGUUCCGUUGCAAGGACUGCAGUGCUGCGUACGACACUCUAGUUGAGCUGACAGUGCAUAUGAAUGAAACUGGGCACUAUCGCGAUGAUAACCAUGAGACAGACAGCAAUGGCACCAAACGAUGGUCCAAACCACGCAAACGCUCCCUCCUGGAGAUGGAGGGAAAAGAGGAUGCUCAGAAAGUCCUCAAGUGCAUGUACUGCGGCCAUUCUUUUGAGUCUUUACAGGACCUCAGCGUCCAUAUGAUCAAGACCAAACACUACCAGAAAGUGCCUCUCAAGGAGCCCGUAACCCCUGUGGCCGCCAAAAUUAUCUCAUCUGCCCGAAAGAGGGCACCCAUAGAGUUAGACCUCCCCAGCUCCCCAGACUCCUCAGCAGGAACCCCGAAACCCUCGUUGACAGACACCAGUGAUGUCCUACAGAAGGCCUCCAAUCCCUACAUCACCCCCAACAACCGCUAUGGACAUCAAAAUGGUGCCAGCUAUGCCUGGCAGUUUGAGUCACGGAAGUCACAGAUCCUCAAAUGUAUGGAGUGUGGAAGCUCUCAUGACACUCUGCAGGAGCUUACUGCCCACAUGAUGGUAACAGGCCACUUCAUAAAGGUGACCAACUCAGCUAUUAAGAAAGGAAAGCCCAUCAUGGAGUCCCCACCUAUGCCCAUGCCAUCUACUCCUGCUGAGGAGAAAGUCCAGUCAGUGCCGCUGGCCGCCACUGCAUUCUCCCCUCCACCUGUGCCCCCACCCACCAGCAUCUCACCCAAGCUGUCUGCAGAGAUAAAGAAGGAGGAGAAAGAAGUGGAGUGCACAAAGGAGGUUGGCAGCAAAGACAAGAAGAUGAAUGAUGAAGAGGAGGAGAAAUUUGACAUCUCCUCCAAAUACCACUACCUAACAGAAGAAGACCUCGAGGAGAGUCCAAAGGGGGGGUUUGACAUCCUCAAGUCACUGGAGAACACUGUUACGUCAGCUAUCAACAAAGCACAGAAUGGUGCCCCCAGCUGGGGGGGUUACCCCAGUAUCCAUGCGGCAUACCAGCUGCCCAACAUUAUGAAGCUUUCUCUGGGCUCAGGGAAAAACUCUCCGUUGAAGUACAUGUUUACAGGAGGAGAGGUCCUGUCCCCCACCAAAAGCCAACCUCUGAUCUCCCCUCCCAGCAGCCAGACCUCUCCUCUGCCCAAAAAUAACUUUCAUGCCAUGGAGGAACUGGUAAAGAAAGUCACUGAGAAAGUGGCUAAAGUGGAAGAGAAGAUGAAGGAGCCUGAGGUGAAGGCCUCCCCCCUGAGGCAUGCCACACCCUCCCCCUGCAGUAGUGAAGCUGGGGAGUCAAUUAGAGGGGACUCUCCCAAAGAAAGGCGUGCUAAAACCCCAGAGAGCAGUGGAGGCAGCCACAAAGAUCCUAACAGUGACACCCUGGCUAAAGAGUCACUGGAGAAUGGAACAGACUCUGUGAAGCUCCCUGCCUCCACUCUGUGUGGCAGUACUGCCAUUAUUACCGACCACCCACCUGAACAACCCUUCGUCAACCCAUUGAGUGCACUUCAGUCUGUUAUGAAUGUGCACCUAGGCAAAGCUGCCAAACCAGCCUUGCCUGCACUAGACCCCAUGAGCAUGCUCUUCAAAAUGAGCAACAGCUUGGCCGAAAAGGCUGCAGUCGCCACCCCACCCGUGCAGACCAAAAAAACUGAGCAUUUGGACCGCUAUUUCUAUCAUGUCAACAAUGACCAGCCAAUAGAUUUGACGAAAGGCAAGAGUGACAAAAGCUGCUCUUUGGGUUCAGCUCUCCUGUCAUCCACGUCGACUUCGUCGUCUGCCUCUCCCUCAUCUGCUGUGACAACGGCAAAGACAUCUGCAGUCGUGUCAUUCAUGUCAAAUUCUCCACUGCGUGAGAAUGCCCUGUCAGACAUCUCUGACAUGCUGAGGAACCUGACAGAGAGUCACACGUCAAAGUCCUCCACACCUACCAGCCUGUCGGAGAGGUCCGACGUGGAGGGCGCGACCCUGGAGGAGGCAGAGGAGAGCUCCCCAGCCCAGAAACGCAAAGGCCGACAGUCCAACUGGAAUCCCCAGCACCUGCUGAUCUUGCAGGCUCAGUUUGCUGCCAGCCUACGGCAAACAUCUGAGGGGAAGUACGUCAUGUCAGACCUCAGCCCUCAAGAACGGAUGCACAUCUCCCGGUUCACCGGCCUGUCCAUGACCACCAUCAGCCAUUGGCUGGCAAAUGUCAAGUACCAGCUGAGGAGGACAGGUGGGACCAAGUUCCUGAAAAACCUGGACUCUGGUCACCCUGUGUUCUUCUGUAAUGACUGCGCCUCCCAGAUUCGUACCCCCUCCACAUACAUCAACCACUUGGAGUCACACCUGGGCUUUAGGCUGAGGGACCUGGCCAAGCUGUCCGGUGACCAACUCAGCAGCCAGAUUGCACGGCACACCAAGGGCCUGUCUGAGAAACUGCUCUCUACCCCCUCCCCAUCCCCCUCCCCUGAGGACGAGGGCAAUGGCACCUCCUACCAGUGCAAGCUCUGCAACCGGACGUUUGCAAGCAAACACGCCGUUAAGCUACACCUCAGCAAGACCCACGGAAAGUCUCCUGAGGAUCACCUCCUAUACGUUUGUGAGAUGGAAAAGCAGUAGCGCCAUCCUGGGACUCAUUGUGCGUUUCCUCUGUCUCUUCUUUUAAGUGACAUUUUUAAAAAAAAAAGGAAACAAAAAAAAACAUGAAAGAAAAAAAAAAAACUGCACAAAGAUGCCAUAAAACUACUGUUUAGUUUCGGCACAUGGUCUUGAUUUAUCUCCAGAGGAGACUUGCUCUGGCCCAAAACCUUUUUCCCUUUUUUUUUUAAAAGAUCUUUCCUUUCUAACUGUACAGUGUUUAAUAUAGAGGCGCUGCAUAAUCAGCUGUUGUUACUGGUAAAAAAAUGAAGGAAAAAAAAGAACAUUUAAAAUGAAGUGGUAUGUGUUUGGAAUUUGUGUAAAUUGGAUUUAGUUUCUUUGCAUCCUCGAGAUGCAUUAAGCUGCAUGCGUUAAUGGACAAUUUAGUUAAGCAUUUAAUAACUAAAUCUGGUGCACUUUUCUUUUCUCUUUUUGUUAAUGUGACCUAAGUGUGCUGGUAUCAGCAUCUAACAUUUAACCCUCUGAGUACGGCAAAGCACUUCGACAUUAAGUUUUCCAAAACCAAUAUUAAGGAGAAAUGAAUGAGAUAAAAAAUUGGCCUAAUUAUUCAAUACAAGAAUAUACACAAAGACAACAGUCCAACAUUCAAUUCUUGUACAGGUGUAUAUGUUGCAUAUGGGUGUAUGAAUCCAAAACUGCAGUCUUGAUUUUCAUUGAUUCAGGGGCCUUUAUGAAUUCAGGUCUAUGUAAAAAUGUAUAUAUAAAAAUAUAAACCAG